UUCUUAUGUCGCGGCGGCGGCGGCAGCAGUAGCACCACCGCUGAAGGGAUGGCACAGAGCCGGGCCUAGCGAGGCAGCUGCCGCCAUGAGCGGAGUAGCGGUUGGCGGCGAGGGAAGGAGCGACGGCGGAGGCGGCGACUCCUCUGCAGGCCGCUGGGCUGGCUGGAAACUGCUGGCCUUGGGCCUCCUCUCCGCGUCCUCGGUACUGGCGGCAGCCCCGGCCGUGCAGGCCAUGGGCAGGGAGGAGAAGCGGCGCCUCGGGAAUCAAGUAGUGGAAAUGUUUGAUCAUGCCUAUAGUAAUUACAUGGAACAUGCCUACCCAGCCGACGAGCUCAUGCCUUUAACUUGCCGUGGAAGAGUUCGUGGUCAAGAACCAAGUCGUGGAGAUGUGGACGAUGCCUUGGGAAAGUUUUCACUGACACUGAUUGAUACUUUGGACACUCUUGUGGUGUUAAAUAAAACCAAAGAGUUUGAAGAGGCUGUCAAAAAAGUGAUCCGAGAUGUUAAUUUAGACAACGAUGUUGUAGUAUCAGUGUUUGAAACUAACAUAAGAGUCCUUGGAGGUCUUUUAGGUGGGCACUCGGUAGCAAUCAUGCUGAAAGAGAAGGGCGAAGAUAUGCAAUGGUACAAUGGAGAACUUCUGCAUAUGGCAAAACAGUUGGGCUACAAGCUUUUGCCAGCUUUUAACACCACCAGCGGUCUCCCAUAUCCACGAGUUAACUUAAAAUUUGGUGUAAGGAGUCCAGAAGCUCGAACAGGAACAGAGACUGACACUUGUACAGCUUGUGCAGGUACCUUGAUCUUGGAGUUUGCUGCUCUGAGCCGCUUCACAGGAGCAUCAAUAUUUGAGGAAUAUGCACGGAAGGCACUUGAUUUUCUUUGGGAGAAAAGGCAACGCAGCAGCAACUUGGUGGGAGUCACUAUCAAUAUUCAUACGGGCGAUUGGGUCCGCAAAGGUAUGGCACUUUGCAACUGUGUGCCCUCUGUGGCUCAUGCAGAAAUGGGAAUUUGUAAGCAUCUGUAG